AUAGCCCAUAAGCAUGCACCAUUAUAGAGGGGAGAGGGGUCAGUAUAUCUACCCCUUGUUUUGUGCGCUGCUCCAUCCCAAAGCAGCAAGAGAAUACUGCCAGGUCCUCAUCCAGCUACAACUGAAACAUGUCACCCAAGAAAGCAAAGAAGAAGCAAGCAGAGGGAGCCAGCUCCAAUGUGUUCUCCAUGUUUGAACAAGCCCAGAUCCAGGAGUUCAAAGAAGCGUUCACUAUCAUGGACCAAAACAGAGAUGGCUUCAUUGACAAGAACGACCUGAUGUACACCUUUGCUGCUUUGGGACGUCUAAAUGUCAAGCAAGAAGAGAUUGAUGAAAUGUUGAAGGAAGCUCCUGGACCGAUUAAUUUCACAGUCUUUCUCACCAUGUUUGGAGAGAAACUAAAAGGUGCUGACCCAGAGGAGACUAUCCUGAACGCUUUCAAAGUCUUCGACCCUGAGGGAACAGGAACAUUAAAGAAAGACUUUGUGACAGAGAUGCUGACCACCCAAGCAGACAGGUUCUCCCCUGAAGAGAUGGAACAGAUGUUUGCUGCAUUCCCUCCAGAUGUGGCAGGAAACCUAGACUACAAGAACCUGGUCUACGUCAUCACACACGGGGAAGAGAAAGACCAAGAGUAGAUGAACUAACCUUGAGAUUGUGAAGGGAUCGCACAAACUAAACACAAAGCUACAAAUGACAAUUUCACAUUUCAGCUUCAAUUUUUGAUGCAGACAUGAAUGAAUGUGAUCAUUAUGUAUUACUUACAUGUAUGUACAUAAUUGCACUGUGUAUAGUCACUCCUCACGCUUAUUUGAUCACAUAAAAUAAAAUGUUUAAAACAUA